AUGCAAGAUGAGCUAGAAACAUUGUUAGAAAAACCAAGCUGCAAGGAACAAUUGGUUUAUAUAAGGACUGUGCUAUUUAUGAGGACAAUUCAGAUUAGCUUGGCAAUGCUGCUGGCUGGGUUUAUGCUUUUGGACAAAACAAUAAAUAAUUUUUUUGAUGGAAAAAUCUGAUUAGCAAUUCUCUUGAAAUUUUUACUAGUCCCUGUAUUAUGAGCUUUAUUCAAAUAUGAUAAAAUUGCAGACAAUAAGUGACUUUCAUGACUAAUGGCUUUUCUAGCAACUUUUUUCCUUGGCGUGCUAUUUGGCAGCAUAUUUCCAACAUUUGGAAAAAGGCCAGGACUGAUUGUUUUGAUUGCAUUGAUUUCAGUCCACGUCGUUCUUCUGCUUCAUUCUUUACUCGAGUACAAAAAAUAUUCUAUAUUUCGUGGUAUUUUAUCAGUUUUGGCUUUUGAAAUUGCUAAUAUUUUGACAAUUUAUUUUAUUGAGCCUGGAAACAUAUUGUUAAAUGUAAAAGAUAUAUAGAUUUUUUGCCCUUUAUUUACAUGUGUUUAUGGAUGCUUUAUGGCGUGGCAUUCAGAAAAUAUUGCUAACGGAAAAAUUAGGCCUGUUAUCAAAGGAAGGUGGGCUAUUGGGGUAAUGAGCAUUUAUGUAGAUUUUACACUUAUCAAGAUUUAUAUUGCGCAGUUUAUAGUAUCAAAAUGCAAGAAAAAGAAACCUGAGCAGACUAGCGACAAAAUAUAA